CUUUCACACAGGCAGGCGUUAAACCGAGUCGCCUUCCCAGAGCAUCUCCUAGCCAUGAUGAAAGUACUAGCAAUCACCGCAUUUCUUCCCCUCCUCGCAGCUACACGUGAAAUCUCCUUUGCUGCUGCGAAAGAGCAGGCGUACGACUACGUGAUUGUUGGUGGGGGCCUCAGCGGCCUGGUCGUCGCCAAUCGCCUAAGUGAGGACGAAACAAUCUCUGUUCUCGUAAUUGAAAACGGCGCCAUCGACGACAGGCCCGCCACGCGAAUUCCCUACUUUUCCAACAUCAACACCGAUAACUACUAUGCCAUCACAUCCGCACCCGAACCCUUUAUGCAGAACAAGGCAUGGACCGUGUCCGUGGGCAAUGUCGUCGGCGGUGGCACCGUCAUCAACGGCAUGCAAUUCGAUCGUGGCUCGAACGCCGAUUAUGAUGCGUGGGAGGAGUUGGGAAACAAGGGAUGGGGAUGGAAGGGACUGGAGAAGUACUUCAAGAAGGCUACGUCCUUUGAAGGACCGAGCGAGGCGGUUCGAAAAGAGUUUAACAUUACGUACGAUGCGGAUGCGUACGGGGACGGUCCUCUGAAACUGUCCAUUCCAAGCUUCCAGUACCAGGACUACAAGCCUAUUUGGGGCUCGUGGUUGGCGGAGGAUAUUCCUCACCCAGUGGAAGGAUAUGCCAGCCCGAUUGGCACUUUCUGGACACCGAAUACUAUCGACAAUUCGACGCAGGAGCGCUGCCAUGCGCGGCGGGCGUAUUACGACCCGGUCAAGGAGAGGAGACCCAAGCUGCAUCUCCUGACCAAUAGUCACGCCGAUGAAAUUCUCUUUGCCGAUGGGUCGCUUCCUACUGCCAAAGGAAUCAAAGUCACCUCAAACGCAGACCUCCAAACAGCCUCAAUCUAUGCAAAACGUGAAGUCAUCCUCGCUGCUGGAGGCGUCUACACCCCGCACCUUCUCAUGGUCUCGGGCAUCGGGCCCAAAGAUGUCCUCUCUGCUGCGAACAUUGAAGUGAGAAAAGAUCUCGCAGCCGUAGGCUCCAACUUCCAGGAUCAUCCCGCCCUCUACAUGAACUACAAACUCUCCAACCAGUCCAUACCCAAUCCCGACACGAUAUCCACAAACGAGACGUUCAACGCCACAUCCGCAGCAGAGUACGAAAAAGACCGUACGGGACCCUAUACCUACGGCCGCGGCAACGCGCUCGCAUUGCUGCCAUUCAAACACUUCUCCACCCGGUACAAAGAAAUCACAGCGCUCAUCGAGCGGCAAAACGCAACCGCCUACCUUCCCACUCGAUACUCGCGCAAUCCCGCGCUGCUGAAGGGAUACCUCGCCCAACGCCGCAUCCUCAUCUCACACUACCUCUCCUCCGAUGCAGCUGCGGGCGAAUUCCCCAUCCAACCGUGGGGUCGUGCAGCAACCGCCCUGCAAAAGCCGCUGUCACGAGGCACCAUAACGCUAAAUACCACGCACCCAAGCGCGAAUCCCGUCGUCAUGCGCAACGCCUUCCAGAACCCAGUGGAUAAAAUGGUGCUUGGAGAACUCGUCCGCUGGAACCGACGACACUGGACCACGCAGCCGUUGCUUUCCCACUUUAGCCCCGUGGAACAAGCGCCCGGUGCGCAGCACGUCAGUGACGAGGAGAUUUUCGACGCGGGUAUCGCAUCGGGGGCGCUGAGCCCGACGUUUGCGCACGCGAGCGGCGGGUGUGCGCUCAUGCCGGAGGAGCUGGGUGGGUGUGUGGAUGAGAAGCUGAGGGUGUACGGGGUACGGCGGUUGAGGGUUGUGGAUGCGAGUGUUUUGCCGCUGAUUCCGGCGGCGCAUCUGAUGGCGACUAUGUAUGCGGUUGCGGAGAAGGCGGCGGAUGUGAUAAAG